AUGACAUGUUCUACAUGUUCUAAUCAAUCCCAUAAGGCAAAGGUUAGCUGGGAGGAUGUCUGUUAUCCUAAAGAGGAGGGUGGUUUAGGGAUAAGGAAGUUGCAAGACUCUGGAAAGGUGUUUGCUCUGAGACUUAUAUGGCGCAUGUAUACUCAGCCUUCAUCACUCUGGGCGUGUUGGACGAAGCACUAUCUGUUGAAAUAUUCCUCUUUUUGGGAUGUUCGGGAUGACACAAAGAGUUCAUGGAUAUGGCGGAAGUUACUAAAGUUGCACCCUCUAGCAUAUAGUUUUCUUCGUUGUGAGAUCAAAGAUGGUACUUCAACGCACUUUUGGUUUGAUGAUUGGAUGAAUAGAGGCCGACUUAUAGAUAUCACCGGUGUUGUGGGUACCACUUAUCUAGGUGUGACUAGACAAUCUAAGGUAAGUGAAGCUGCGAAUCAGGAUGGUUGGAGAAUCCGGGGAGCUCGAAUCUGUCGGCUCCAGGCUUUUUACACAGACGUUAUCUCCCUGAACCCACCUCACACAAGUUUGGGUUGUGACAUUAUGCUCUGGAAACAUGGAGAGGAUGACUUUCGAGACAAUUUCUCUUCAUCUACAAAUUGGAACCAGAUUAGGAAGAAGAAAGACCGCGAGCAAUGGAGUUGA